UUUCAUUUUCUUUUAUGCAGGCCUUUCAUGCGUACACUCUUUACAUUUUAUUGUACUCCUGGUUUAACUCGUCUGAGACUGCAGUUAUUUCUGGGUACGGCAAUUCAUCCUGGGUCUACGCGUUGGAAAUAUUUAUUGUGAACAAGUGCGGGUAUAUCCUGCCCUAUAUUGUGUCCUAUAUGCAUGCAAGGGAAAUUCAGAGUAUAUUUUACAUGGGAAUGGAAGUAGGCUUGUACUUUGUGUUUACACAGAUUAUAGGAUAUAUUAAAGAGGCAAGAGUAUUUCUGUUGAGCAGUAAGCUUCCUAUAAACCCAUCUGGCCACACUUUUAUUUUACUUAAUGGAAUACACAUUUUGCUAAAUAUCAAUCCAUCACUUAUAAUAGUGAUUCUAAUGUAUGAAUAUAAUAAAAUAUUAACACAUACCAUAGAGUAUUAUCAUACAUUCAUUGAUGUAUUCCUGGGAAUAUGUAUAUAUUAUGUGUACAGAUACGUAAUUAACAGAAUACAUUAAUAAACACACAUAGUGCAUUAUAAUCUAGUGCUUCUCCUACCAAUAAUCCAACCUUUGCCUGAUAUAUUAGAUAUUUAUAGCCCGAAUAUUCUGUAUCUACCUAAAUUAUACAGAUAAAUUUGCUUUAAUAAAUA